AUUAUUUGCUUCUGUGGUUAACAACAAAGACCAAACACUUAGCAAAAAUUAAGAAUAAUCUUUCUCAAGGCAAUACUUGGAGAUAUACAAGAAAAGAAAAUGGAGAGCAAAGGGAGUUGGAUGGUGGCUGAUGCAGUAGAUUACAGCGGCCAGCCCGCGGACAAAUCGAAAACCGGUGGCUGGAUCACUGCAACUCUCAUUCUUGGAAUUGAGGUUGUGGAGAGGCUAUCAACAAUGGGAAUAGCAGUGAAUUUGGUAACAUAUUUGAUGGAGACAAUGCAUCUCCCAAGUUCAACCUCAGCCAACAUUGUCACUGACUUCAUGGGCACUUCCUUCCUCCUUUGCUUGCUCGGUGGCUUUCUCGCUGACUCCUUCCUCGGCCGUUUUAAAACUAUAGCUAUAUUUUCAACCAUUCAAGCUCUAGGAACUGGUGCGCUAUCGAUAGCAACGAAGUUGCCAGAGCUGCGUCCACCAACAUGCCACCACGGGGAAGCUUGUGUACCCGCAACUUCCUUCCAGAUGACAAUUCUUUACAUUUCACUUUACCUUAUAGCUCUUGGAACUGGUGGCCUUAAGUCUAGUAUCUCCGGAUUUGGAUCUGACCAGUUUGAUGAUAAAGAUCCUAAAGAAAAAGCUCAAAUGGCUUUCUUCUUCAACAGGUUUUUCUUUUUCAUUAGCAUGGGGACGUUGAUGGCUGUGACUGUUUUAGUUUACAUGCAAGAUGAAGUGGGAAGGUCUUGGGCUUAUGGAAUCUGCACUGUGUCUAUGGCUAUAGCUAUAGGGAUCUUCUUGUUUGGAACUAAAAGCUACCGUUACAAGAAGAGCCAAGGAAGUCCUGUUGUGCAAAUCUUUCAGGUUAUAGCGGCUGCGUUCAGAAAGAGAAAAAUGGAAUUGCCUCAAAGUAUUGUUUAUCUUUAUGAAGAUAGUCCUGAGGGAGUGAGGAUUGAACAUACUGAUCAAUUUCACUUGUUGGACAAGGCAGCCAUAGUUCAAGAAGGAGAUUUCGAACAAACCCUAGAUGGAGUCGCAAUUCCAAACCCUUGGAAGCUAAGUUCAGUAACCAAAGUUGAGGAAGUGAAAAUGAUGGUUAGACUUUUGCCUAUUUGGGCAACAACAAUCAUUUUCUGGACAACAUAUGCUCAAAUGAUUACAUUCUCGGUUGAGCAAGCUUCAACCAUGAGACGUAACAUUGGAAAUUUCAAGAUCCCAGCUGGUUCCCUUACUGUGUUUUUCGUCGCGGCUAUUCUCAUAACUCUAGCUGUCUACGACCGUGCCAUAAUGCCUUUCUGGAAGAAAUGGAAAGGAAAGCCAGGUUUCUCUAGCCUACAAAGAAUAGCUAUUGGAUUAGUCUUAUCAACCGCUGGCAUGGCAGCAGCAGCUAUAGUUGAACAAAAGCGUUUAUCGGUUGCGAAAUCUAGUACACAGAAAACAUUGCCCAUAAGUGUAUUCUUACUUGUUCCACAAUUCUUCUUAGUAGGAGCUGGGGAAGCCUUUAUCUACACUGGCCAACUUGAUUUCUUCAUCACCCAAUCUCCUAAGGGAAUGAAAACAAUGAGCACUGGACUUUUCUUGACCACUUUAUCACUAGGCUUCUUUGUCAGCAGUUUCUUGGUCUCAGUCGUCAAGAAGGUCACUUCAACUUCUACCGAUGGAGGAUGGCUGGCUGAUAACAUCAACCACGGCCGACUUGACUACUUUUAUUGGCUUUUGGUUAUUCUUAGUGGAAUAAACUUCGUUGCCUAUUUCAUCUGUGCCUUGUGGUUUAAGCCAACGAAGGGUAAAGACUCGGCAGAGAAGGAAAAUGGCAAGGGCUUUACUGCUGAAGACUGCUAAAUUUUGUCUCCGGUUCUAUUUUCUGGUGUACCAUAUUCUUGCAACAAAGUCGUUCAAGUUAUGUUUUUGUAUAUUAAGCAAUUGGGUUGUGUCUAGAUUCCUACCAAUCUCAAAUAUUGUGUCUUCACUGGUUAUGUUAUUCACUUUUUUUUUCCUCUUUUUGUAUCGAUCAGAAUGAAAAGAAUAAUUUAGCUAA